CAUCUUCAUCAUUGUCAUCAUGGCCAACUGGACCGAGUGCUUCAACUUUGGCAUCAACAUCGCAAAACAAGCAAGUCAGAUCGUCCUGUCUGCCUUCCAGCAGCAGAAGGAGGUGAUGUUGAAAAGUUCUCCAGCUGAUCUGGUGACAGAAACUGACCAGCGAGUUGAGAAGAUCCUGAUCUCUGCCAUCAGAGACAAAUACCCGCAGCACAAGUUCAUCGGGGAGGAGUCUGUGGCCGCCGGCGAGCGCCUGGAGCUGAGCGACAGUCCCACCUGGAUCAUUGACCCCAUCGACGGAACCGUCAACUUCGUCCACAGGUUUCCCUUCGUGGCGAUCUCCAUCGCCUUCGCCGUCAACAAGCAGACAGAGUUCGGUAUCGUCUACAGCUGUGUGGAGGACAAACUGUACUGCGCUCAGAGAGGAGGAGGAGCCUUCCUCAACGGGGAGCCGCUGCACGCCUCCGGACAGGAAGACAUCAGCAGGUGCCUGGUGGUGACGGAGAUCGGAGCUGAGCGGGACGACCUGGCUCUGUCCACCAUGACCUCCAACAUCUUCAGGCUGCUGAAGCUUCCAGUUCACGGGGUCCGGGCGCUGGGGACGGCGGCGGUGGACAUGUGUCAGGUGGCGACCGGAGGAGCUGACGCCUACUACCACAUCGGGAUGCACUGCUGGGAUAUCGCUGCCUCGGCUCUCAUUGUCCAAGAGGCUGGAGGCGUCGUCAUGGAUACCGACGGUUCUCAGUUCGACAUGAUGUCCAGGAAGGUCAUCGCAGCCAGCUCCUCUGCUGUGGCCAAUCGGAUUGCUCAGGUGGUCCAGGCUUUCCCUUGUCGCCGUGACGAUGAAGAUCCAUCAAAAAGUUUAUGUGGAGCGGCCAGAUCAUCCGAGCGGCGGGUGAGUUUUGUUCCGUUGAUCCCAGCUGACCUCCGGUUCCCGCACAGCGACAGUCCGGGCUCCGCGCACAGCGACAGUCCGGGCUCCGCGCACCGCGACAGUCCGGGCUCCGCGCACCGCGACAGUCCGGGCUCCGCGCACCGCGACAGUCCGGGCUCCGCGCACCGCGACAGUCCGGGCUCCGCGCACCGCGACAGUCCGGGCUCCGCGCACCGCGACAGUCCGGGCUCCGCGCACCAGGGUCCGCUCACAAAUCUGUCACUUUGUCGUUGCUGCUGCGCAGCCGGAGCGUCUGUCAGCUCUGGCCGGACAGACGCUCCGGGCCCCGGCCCCCGGGCUCCGGGCUCCGGGCUCUGGCCCCCGGGCUCCGGGCCACAGAUGUGUGAUCUGUUCUCUGGUUUCUCUGUUGGUGAAAUGUCCGAGUCGUCGGUGGCAGGAGGUCACAUAUUCGGCUGCUCGUGUGCAGCACUUUGCUUUUUCACCUAA